AUGCUUAAACAUGCUAAUCAAUGCUACUGGGAAGGUUCGAGUUGUGCAUUUCUAUCGAGAAGGCAAUAGAGUGGCGGAUUAGUUGGCCAAUCGCAAGGUUACCCUACUACUUACCCAAGACAUUGGUCUCAUCAUCUAUAAUUAUAUUCCUGUUGAUCUUAGUAGGGUAUUAGAGGAGGAUAUUAGGAGUGUGGCUUUUCCACGGUUUGUUCCUCUGUAGAUAGUUUUUGUUCUUUUUUAUGUAGUUUUUUUCGUUGCUUUUGUUUUUUCUUUCUUUUUGGAAGCUCUUUCCUCAUCGGAAUAAAAAAAUAAAAAAUUAAAUAACGAUGUCGUAACUCAAAAACGAGGGCAACAACGCACUUUCUUUUCUAGACCCGGAGAACCUUUUAUAUACACCGGGUGCACAUAGAGGUAGGUGCACUCAAAGGUGUUUUUUUUUUUUUUUUGCUCUUUUUAGAUUUUUAAGGUAAAGAGAAGGCCCAUCAUAAAAAGGGGAUGUAAGGGAAAUUCCGCCUAAAAUAUGCUUGGUGAGAUUUGACCGUUAACCUCACACCUAAAAGUCGAAGAACUAACCAACUAGUCUAGGCUCCUAUCUCAAUUUAUGUUAAAAUGAGCAAAAUACACUUGGGUGCAUCCGCGUCUAUACAAAAAAUUUCACUAUGCCCGAGUAACCAAAUGCAUCACCAGCUCACAACCAGACCCAUUGGAGACUAGAUUAAACAAACCUUUUCCUUAAACCCCUAAGUCCCAAAUUCGACCUAGUAAUUACUUGUAUAAUCAUACAAAAGAGGGAUUCAAAAACCCUAACCCCCUCUCAAAUACUCUUCUUCAUUUUCGCAAAUUGAAAGCUCUCAACAAUGGCGGAACCACCUCAAUCAACAGUGGCGGAACCUCCAUCAUCAACAACACUGGAAAAUCCAAACGAUUCACUUACAGAACAACAAACCCUAGGAAAGCGAAAACAUUCCGAAUCCAAAGAACCAUUACCUCAGCAAAACUCACCAGAAAAACAACAACUACAACAACAAAAUCAGCAGCAAAAUCAGACACAAUCUCAGGAAAACUCAGAAUUACCAAGCUCAAAGCGACGAAAUUCGACUCGAACUUGCGUACACGAAGUAGCAGUGCCGAAAGAUUUCAUCUCAGACAAAGAUUCAACCAUUUAUGGAACUCUGGCAAACCCUAGCUUCGAUGGUCCAAUGGCGAAAAAGUAUGCUUUUACUCUUGAUCCAUUUCAGCAAGUUUCGAUUGCUUGUUUAGAGCGUAAAGAAUCAGUCCUUGUUUCCGCCCACACUUCCGCCGGCAAAACCGCCGUUGCCGAGUAUGCCAUUGCCAUGGCAUUUCGCGAUAAGCAGCGAGUAAUCUACACUUCGCCUCUGAAAGCACUGAGCAAUCAGAAGUACAGGGAAUUGAGCCAGGAGUUCACUGAUGUUGGUCUUAUGACUGGUGACGUUACUAUCUCUCCUAAUGCUAGUUGUUUAGUGAUGACAACGGAGAUUCUUCGCGGUAUGUUGUACCGGGGUUCCGAGGUGUUGAAAGAGGUUGCUUGGGUUAUAUUUGAUGAGAUUCAUUAUAUGAAGGAUAGAGAAAGAGGGGUUGUUUGGGAGGAGAGUAUUGUGUUCUUGCCUACCGAGAUUAAGAUGGUGUUUUUAUCGGCUACUAUGUCGAAUGCAACCGAGUUUGCUGAGUGGAUUUGUAAUAUUCAUAAGCAGCCUUGUCAUGUUGUUUAUACGGAUUUCCGGCCUACACCGUUGCAGCAUUAUGUGUUUCCGGUUGGAGGGUCGGGGUUGUACUUGGUGGUGGAUGAGAAUGAGCAGUUUAGAGAGGAUAACUUUUUGAAGCUUCAGGAUACGUUUGUGAAGCCUGGUAAUGGGAUGAAGAAUGCUGCUGCCAAGGCUAGUGGGAGGAUUGCAAAAGCUGGAUCGGGACCUAAAGGGGGUUCGGAUAUAUACAAGAUUGUCAAGAUGAUAAUGGAGCGCAAAUUUCAGCCUGUCAUUGUAUUUAGUUUCAGUAGAAGGGAGUGUGAACAACAUGCAAUGUCCAUGUCAAAGCUUGAUUUUAAUACGGAAGAAGAGAAAGAUAUUGUGGAGCAGGUCUUUAAAAAUGCAAUUCUCUGCUUGAAUGAGGAGGACAGGAGCCUUCCUGCUAUUGAGUUGAUGUUGCCACUUCUUCAACGAGGCAUUGCCGUGCAUCAUUCUGGGCUUCUUCCAAUUAUUAAGGAAUUGGUGGAGCUACUUUUCCAAGAAGGGCUUGUGAAGGCGCUAUUUGCCACUGAGACAUUUGCAAUGGGCUUAAAUAUGCCUGCAAAAACAGUUGUUUUUACUGCAGUGAAAAAAUUUGACGGUGAUAGUCAUCGUUAUAUUGGAUCUGGUGAGUAUAUUCAGAUGAGUGGAAGAGCUGGUCGCCGUGGCAAGGAUGAUCGAGGCAUUUGCAUUAUAAUGAUUGAUGAGCAGAUGGAAAUGAAUUCUUUAAGAGAUAUGGUGUUGGGUAAGCCAGCUCCUCUUGUCAGCACUUUUAGAUUGAGUUACUACUCAAUCUUGAAUCUAAUGUGCCGAGCUGAAGGCCAAUUCACUGCUGAACAUGUCAUUAGAAAUUCAUUUCACCAAUUCCAGCACGAGAAGACUUUGCCUGAAAUCGAAAAAAAGAUAGAGAAACUUGAGCAGGAAGCUGCCAUGCUUGAUGCUUCUGGAGAGUCUGAAGUUGCAGAAUACCAUAAGCUAAGACUUAAUUUAGCUCAACUUGAGACGAAGAUGAUAUCAGAGAUUACAAGGCCUGAGAGAAUUCUUUACUAUCUAGUUCCUGGAAGACUGGUUAGGAUACGUGAAGGAGUAACUGACUGGGGUUGGGGAGUUGUGGUCAAUGUGGUGAAAAAGCCUCCUGCUGCUGUGGGAACUGUUCCACGUGGUGGAGGCUAUAUAGUUGAUACGCUGCUUCAUUGCUCCCCUGGUACAAGUGAGAAUGGUUCAAGGCCUAAACCAUGUCCCCCUCGACCUGGGCAGAAGGGUGAAAUGCAUGUGGUUCCAGUGCAAUUGUCCUUUAUAGCUGCCCUCAGUAAGCUCCGGAUUUCUGUCCCUCCUGACCUUCGGCCUGUUGAUGCCAGACAAAGCUUACUUCUUGGAGUACAGGAGCUGGAAAAACGUUUUUCUCAAGGCCUCCCAAAGCUUAAUCCCGUAAAGGAUAUGGGUAUUGAUGAUAAGGAAAUCGUCGAGUUGGUCAGCCAAAUUGAGGAACUUGAGCAGAAAUUGUUUUCGCAUCCGAUGCACAAGUCUCAAGAUGAUCAUCAAGUCAAAUGUUUCCAAAGAAAAGCUGAGGUGAAUUAUGAAAUUCAACUGUUGAAGUCGAAGAUGCGUGAGUCUCAGCUUCAAAAGUUCCGUGAUGAGCUGAAAAAUAGGUCACGUGUCUUGAAGAAGUUGGGUCAUAUUGAUGCUGAUGGUGUUGUCCAGUUAAAGGGACGGGCUGCUGCAUUGAUAGACACCGGAGACGAACUUCUUGUUACUGAGCUGAUGUUCAAUGGUACGUUUAAUGAUCUGGAUCAUCAUCAAGUUGCCGCUCUUGCAAGUUGCUUUGUCCCGUGUGAUAAAUCAAACGAACAGAUUCAUUUGCGAGCAGAACUUGCAAAACCCUUACAGCAACUCCAAGACAGUGCUAGAAGAAUAGCAGAGAUACAACAUGAAUGCAGCCUGGAUGUAAACGUGGAAGAAUAUGUUGAGUCAACUUGCAGACCGUACUUGAUGGAUGUAAUAUACUGUUGGUCAAAGGGAUCCAAUUUUUUUGAGGUUAUACAAAUGACUGAUAUAUUUGAGGGAAGUAUCAUAAGACUGGCGAGAAGACUGGAUGAGUUCUUAAAUCAGUUGAAAGCUGCUGCUACUGCAGUGGGAGAGACUGACCUGGAAAACAAGUUUGCAGACGCCAGUACCAGCCUCCGUCGAGGUAUUAUGUUUGCUAACUCUCUUUACUUGUAGCUGCUAUGUUUAAAUCAUCUUACAUUUUUUUUUCCCGAUCUUCAAAUUGUAGUCAGUUGUAUAAAUGUAAGGUUAUUUCUUUUGUUUUUUGCUUUUUGUUUUGUUUUUAUAUAAUUUUAAAUUCGGAACUAGUUAAGAGCUCGUCAAUGAGAAGAUAGAUGUAUACUGUAUACUCCAUAAUUAUCAAUUGAAAUCCCUCAGUUCAUCAGUUUUGGGCUUUUGGCCAUGA